AUAAAUGCUGAAUUAAAGUUUCAUACCUUUAGAUUAUCAACUUUUUUUUUCAAAUGUGCCAAAAUCCACUAUCAUCAUCUCCAUUUCAUCAAUGCAUAAUACAACUCAUUUCAACACUGUCCUCAUAAACUUCAAACUGGACCUCUCUGGUCUACAAAGAACAUCUCUUAAACAACUUCAACAUCAACUGCUGCUUCAACAUGAAGGGGGAACAGCCAAGGAGAAGGGCUCCAAACACACAAGAAAACUGCCUCCUGCCCAGUUGGCAUUGGUGGCGCUUCUGGUGGCAGUAGUUGUAACUAUACACCGUAACGAUGUUGAAAGCCGUGCUGUAGUCAAGAGGCCCUUCAGUGACCAAUCGGUGCAAUCAUAUCUAACAGAGAGGACAUGCUGGUGGAACGAGGUUUGCAAGGAGGAGUUCCAGCUGUUGUUCCGCUGCAAGUGCCCCAUGUGGUCGUACUGCCGGAGUCCUGGACGCUACUACAACGCCUUCUGUACGAUGACAGGCACGGGAUACAUCUGGGCCCAGCCUGACCGCAGCUGGGGGUCGCUGCAGGUGGCAGUCAGAGGCGCGCGAUCCAAGCAGCUGCUCCCUUCCAUGGCUGCUGCCACCUCUCUGGUCGGCUUACAUCUAGGCCCAUGAGAGUAGUCCCACUGCCUGCCCUUGUGCGCCAACAACUCGCGAAUCUGCCGCGCGUGUCAACAUCCUGCAGGCGUAUUGCAAACUGGAUGUUUCUUUCAAUUUGUGUGACCCGUUGAAGUUACAAAUAUCUUUAUGUGACUCUUGUUUUGACUGUUUGGCGGCCGGCUGGUGUUAGCAGUUGUGUUAUAGUACUUCAUAGAAACAAUAACUCGUUACGUACUCUUUAACUUUUAACAUAGUAUGUGUUUUAAUAUCACUAGUUUCUACUUAUUAUUGUACAUAUUACUUACCCUUACAAUGGUAUGUACGAGAUUAGAAAUGAGUGUUUUUUUAGAGAUUAUUUAAAAUUAAAUAAUAUGUUGCAUAUGCUUCAAAAACUAA